AUGAUCGAAGACAAUCUUAUGAUAUUUGAAUUUUUUGAAGAAGCUCAAAGCAGGAUCUCUGAUAGCAGGAAGCGAAAACUCCAAGUUUAUGAACGGAAAAACGAGAAUUCGAGAAAUACAGAAGAAGAGACUCGAUAUGAAGUUGGUGGGCUUACUUAUUAUCGUAACCGCGUCGCUUCUGGUUGUGCCGCCAAUGCUUCCGCCAUUGCCGCCACCACCGAUGAUGUUGAUGUUCUUUCCGGUGGGGAUUCUGGCGCUUCUUAUGUUAUUGGUGAUCCCGCCGGUUGA